AUGGCUUCAACUUUUGGAACUAAGAAGCCUAAAGGGCCUAAGCUCCCUAAGAAGACAUACCUUCCAGACUCUGACUCCGAUGAUGAUGCAUGCUUCUUGAAUUUUUUUGAAGAAACUUUCAAAGACCCCUCAAAACUAUGUGAUGAUCCUUUUCUUAACUUAUUGUGUGAUGAAAACAUAUUAAGGAGGAGUAUUGAUGGAAUAAUAAAUGAUGGAGACAUUCCUGGUGUCCAACAAAAUGAGCAUGCCCACUUAGAUGAGGACGAUGAAGAUGUUGGUGUCGAGUAUAGGGUGCAUGAUCAAUGUUGA